AACUUUCAAUCUUCUAUUAUUUUCUUCCUUUGUUCCCUGUUAUCGUUUUUUCAUCAUGUCUGCGUCUGAAAAUAUGAGCAUUGAUCCUGAAGAGAAAUAUUCCGAAAUCCUUCAAAAGUUGCCCGGCCGACACAAGCAAUGCAGAGUGCUGAUAGAUUUUUUCUCAACGCCUGGUCAGAUACCAGCUAGCAUUUUCAUUCAUGGGAACUCGGCGACAGGAAAGACACUCACAGUCAAAACGGUUCUGGAUGGUUUGAAAAUAGAGUAUGUCCAUCUAAGCUGUGUUGAGUUUGAUACUCCAGGUUUGUUGGCAGCAAAGAUCGCUUCCAACCUAAAUGGGGAAUAUCUGCAAUUAUCUUCUUCACACAACUGCUCCAGCUUGAUGGAGCUUGUUGAAAAUCUGCAGGCGGCUUCGAAAAUUAAAAAUGAUCCAUUCGUCAUUGUUUUGGAUAGAGCUGAGAGACUGCGUGAAAUGCCUUCAACCGUGAUUCCAGCUCUUUUGAAACUUCGUGAAAUUAGCAACAUGAACGUGUGUGUUAUUCUAAUCAGUGAUUUGCUCUGGGAUAGAUUCUACCAUGGCAAAAUGCGUUUCUGCAAGCCACUUAUCAGCCUCUUCUUCCCUCAGUACACCAAAACCGAGUGUUUGGAAAUCAUUAGGAGCAGGAAGCCAGAAGGUGUUGAUGAUGCGUUCUACUGCUCUUACACCUCAAUUUUGCUCAGGGUGCUCUACAGGUUUUGCAGGGAUCUGAAUGAGCUUCUUUACAUGGCCAACCAACACUUUGUCCUGGUGAAGAAGCUGAGCAAUGACCAGCGCACUAUUUUCAUCACUUUGCAACCACAUCUCAAAGCAGCCACACAAAAUGUUCAUCUGCGACAAGGGAUCCAGCAAAACCAAAAUGUCGAUCAAAAGGCGCCAAACUCUUCUCUGAUCUCUGCAGUGACUGCCAUGGAGCUGCCGUACUAUGCUAAAUUUCUGCUCAUGGCCGCCUUUUUGGCCUCAUUCAACUCACCCAAGCAUGAUCGACGCCUCUUUGCCAAACACCACGGAAUGCAAAGGAAAAAAGCUGCCACCUCAAGAAAGACUGUUAAGAGGAGCAGUCUCAUUGUCGGCCCCAAGCCUUUUAAUUUUGAGAGACUGACCGCGAUUUUCCACUCCAUUGCCGACACACCUUACCUCAUUACAACAAAUUUGUGUGCCCAGUUGGCCACCCUUGUGAAUUUGCAUCUCAUCACCAAGGUUGGAUUCUCUGGUUUGAGCAACCCAAAAUUCAAAUGUGCCGUCGGUCUUGACUUUAUCAAAGCUGUUGGACGGACUGUUGACUUUAAUGUUCAGAGGUACAUAAUGGAGGACUUUUGAUUUGUAAAAUAAUGAAAAUCUUUCUGAACUCAGAAUUUUUGCUAAUAUUUAUUAAUAAAAAUACAAAAUGAUUACAUCAA